AGGGGCAGAGCGAAAGGAGGUUACUGGCUGAGUUGGGCGAAGAAAGAAAGAAAGAAAGACGAACGCACUAGAAAGAAAGCAGCGAUGAAAGAGAGGACAUAAAAAGAACAUGAAAGAAGGAAAUUGCCAUUAAACACACGACCAGUUAGUUGCUCUCUUCUCUUCAUCAAUUUCAUCUUAAAUCCACUCCAGUUCCUCCACCCUGAGGGAGCGCUCUGGUUCUGUCCUUUCUCGCUUGACACACACAAGAAGAAAAAGAAGAGGUUCCACUGGUCCUGGUGGACACACACCAGGUAGUCCUGCUUGUAUCUUUCUUCCGUGCCGCCCUUCAGCGCCGCCAUGACGCUGCUGGCCUCCGAGAGGUCACUCCUCAUCCGGAACAAGUUCCGCUCAGUGCUGCAGUUGAGGAUUCAGAACCGAAGGCAGAGUCAGAUCAAUGCAGACUCGGGCUUGAAAUCAACUAGUUCCCCUAAAAAAGAACAAAAAGACAAGAGUGAAGCUCUGCGUCAAAGUGACAAAGUUGCCGGAAGACAUCAUCAGAUGCCCCCUAGUGGAGUCACUGCUGUAACUGUGCAAGAGAAGAGCGAGUCCAGGGCCUCAAGGCAAAAGAAGGCUUGUCGAGACCUCAGAGGGGGGAUCCAAGAUCCACCCGCACCUGCGCAGCCCAAAGACAAACCACACCUUGAGAACCGUGCCGUCUCUUUCCCGCUGCCUGCAGAUGUCUUCGAAGGCGACAUCUCGUCCUGCUCCUCGUCUUCGUCGAGCGAGCAACACGUCGUUCACCAACCGGCGGCCUCGGCCUUCACAUCACCAUCGGGCUUCUCAGAUGACCAAUUGCUGAGUGACUUGUCAUCUGUGGGCCCGCCCCUCAACCACAGUCCAGUUCGCACUCAUUCCGGUUUGGCAUUGCUCCCGGCAACCGAGGGCAUCCGACCGCCGACGAGCGUCCUGCUGAGUGAAAGUAACUCCAUGGCAACCAUGAGUCGACCAAACGGGAUCUUUCUGAUCUCCCAGACCACGCCCCUGCUGCCAAAGACAGCUCGGCCUCCCAGUCCUGCCUGUUCCUCUUCCCUGACGCCUGCCUCUGCCUUUAACCUCAACCAUCUUGCUCGCUCACGGAAACCACGGGAAAACAAACCCAAGAUGAAGAAACUCAAGUAUCACCAGUACAUUCCUCCCGACCAGAGGGGGGCGUCUGGGCCUGGAGGGGGAGGAGCCAAACCGAGGAGCCCUCCUACCCAGCCAUUAAACCCGGCAGGUUCUCAGCUUCUCAAGCAGCAACAGGUCUGUCUGCAGCUGCAAAUCCUUCAGCACCAACAGCAGCAGCAGCAGCAGCAGCAGCAGCAGCAGCAGCAGCAGCAGCAACUCACUGUCGUACCCAGUGGAGAACAGAAUUCAUCUGGAGCUCUGCCCCUGAACCCUCAACCUGUUCCUGCAACCACCAACCACACGCCAAAGGACACAAACAAUGCGUCUAAACUUGAGCUCCUCCCUGCAAAUCUGGUGGAUCUCAAAGUGUCAGAGCUGAGGCAGCAGCUGCGUAAGCGAGGCCUCCCUGUCUCCGGCACUAAGCCUGCUCUGUUGCAGCGCCUUCGUCCCUUCCAGCUCACCCCCUCAUGUGUCACUCCUGUUCCCCUCUGCCAGCUGGGGGGCAGCAUGGAGCCCCUGAAUCCCUCUCACCCGCUCCUGGCCCACCACAGCCCCAGCUCCAGCUGCAGCUCUGGAGAUUCACCUGGAAGCAGCCCGAACCAACAGAUGUACAUCCAUGAUCACGGAGUCCCGAAUGGCAUUGUAAAUGUUGCCCUGAAUUGCUUCUCCAAUGAUCUCUCCGUUAGUCUGUCUGGUGAACAGUGUGGUCCUAUCAAUGCGGUGUUCCUGGCUCCUGCCUGUACCACCUCUGAAACUCCAAUUCCCAAUUUACCCAUGUCAUCGUCCUCGCCCCUGCAGUGUGGUACCACCUGGAGAACUGAGCUCGGUGUGGAGUUUGACAUGAAAGAGAGGAUGAAGUGCAGGGCAAGAGAUUCCUCUGCAAACGCUGUCAAUGAAUCGUGUGCUAGAUCCCUUCAUCCAUUCCUGCAACAGGAACCAGGAUGCAUGAGAGGGAACCGGGAAACGGAUGUCGAAACAGAGGUGUUGUUUACACAGGUGUUCUGCUCCCAGCCGUGCCCCAGCGAUAUGAUUGACCGGGACUUUGAGUUGCCAGUAGAGAUCACUGCAAGUCCUGGCCAAAACUCGCCUGGCAUUCGUAGCUUAGAGGAGGAGCUGCAGGAGGCCAUCCAGAAAGUACAGCUGUACCCUCGACAGUCGAUAGAUGACAUUCUGGAUGAGCCCAUUGUUUCUGUUGACUCUGUCAACGGCUCUAUUGACAAUUCACUUAUACCGUCAUCUCCUCCUCCUCCUCCUCCUCAAGUCGAUCAGUCCCAGAAAUCCCAGCAGCACUCCAAGGAUAGUAACUUCCUGCCUCUUUGCUCCUCGCUCCUCCUGGAGCUCCCCCCGUCUCCCGCUGUGAUCUCCCCGAGUCACAUCACCCCUGCGCCGGCGCCUCCACCCAUUUGUACCUCCCCUCCGCUGCAGUCCACCAGAAAGUCGCGGAAGCGGCGAGCCCAGGCCAUGUUCGACGCCGCCGAAAUCCUGGAGACUCUGACGUCUGGUUUGCGACCGAUCACUCCGCCGGCGCCUCCGUUUGCGGAGACCGACUUUGGUCUCGAUUCGGAUCUCAACAUCAAUCGAGUGUUGGAUCUGAUGAUAGAGCAGUGGUGAGGAUGUGUGUGGAGAGCUUUGUGCCAAUUCGUGUAGAAUCCAACAUCCAUCCAUCCACCCACUAACC